CAAUCCAUCUCGAUUUCUUCCAUCUCCAGCUCUAGCUCCAGCUCAAGCGCGAGCACAGCACAGCACAUCACACAGUUUGACUGUCGGACUCGACACAAAGUGGGCAAGGGCUUUGUCCUUCUCUACAAGCAGGCAAGCAAGCAAUACAAACCUCAUUGAGCUCGAUACGUGAAAGGUCGAUCGAUCUCCCGAGUUGCAGCAGCAGCAGCAGCAGCAGCAGCAGACUCAGAGCCUAGCGAGGAAGACCGAGUCCAGAAGAGGAUCGCCGGGAAAAUGGCACUGGCAAAUGAACCGCUUCGGCCAAAGAUCGUACCCAUACUGCUGGUGCUGAUGAUGCUCACGGCGCGAGGCGAGGGGAGGUCCGAUCCCUUCUCCAUUCUGCAGAGCACGAGGCCGGGGAGAAAACUCUUCAAGCUCGUGGAAGAGCCGGCGACGAUUCUGACGUACCACAACGGGCCCAUCAUGUCCGCGUCCGGGAGCGUGCCCGUCUUCGUCAUCUGGUACGGGGACUUCGCCGAGUCGCAGAAAUCCAUCGUGCGCGACUUCUUCGGCUCGUUCCAGUCGCCGGGACCGGACGCAGCAGGUCCGACCGUGAGCAGCUGGUGGAAGCCCACCGGGGACUACAAGGACGCCGGCGGAUCCAGCGUUCCUCGGCAGAUGCACUUGGCCGCGGAAUUGACGGACGGCGCCUACUCGAAGGGCAAAGCGCUCAAGAACGCGGACCUCGAGCAGCUGGUCGUCGGCGCGGUGACGGACGUGUUCCCGGCCAACCCGCACGGCUUCUACCUGGUGCUGACGGCGGCCGAUGUGCAGGUCGAGGACUUCUGCAAGAGCUCGUGCGCGUCGCACUUCGCGACGCGGCCCGUGGCCGCCACCAGCGAUCGACAAUUGCCCUUCGGAUGGGUGGGCAACGCCGUCCAGCAGUGCGCCGGCCGAUGCUCGUGGCCCUUCGCCAAGCCCGAGUACGGGCCGCCCACCGCUCCUCUGCUCGCGCCCAACGGCGACGUGGGCAUGGACGGAAUGAUUAUGAACAUCGCCACCAUCCUGGCCGGCGCCUUCACGAACCCCUUCGGCACGGGAUUCUACCAAGGCGACGGCGGGGCGCCCCUGGAGGCGGCCUCGGCCUGCUCGGGCAUUUUCGGCGCCGGCGCUUACCCGGGCUUUCCCGGCGAGCUUUCGCAGGACGUGAUCACGGGGUCGAGCUUCAAUGCUCGCGGCGCGAACGACCGGAGAUUCCUGCUGCCGGCAUUGUGGGAUCCUUCGACUCUGAAAUGUGCAUUUCCAGCUUAGCCAUAGAAUUUUGUCGAGAGCCGCCGGCUGGACCGUGAAUUCAAGCUCUGGGCAUGGUCGGGCGGAUGUGCGGGAAUUCAACCAACGCUUCGCCUCGGAAUUUCCAUGGAUUCUGCUGUUCCCGGGAACAGAUAGAUAUAUAGCCAUGAUAAGACCAACUUGUAUGGCGCAGAUGCUCUGAGACAGCGUAUAGCAGAGACUACCUUGUAACAUAAGGAUAGAUAAUUUUUAAGAUGAUGUAAAUUAUUCGUAGCCUUGUUGAAGAGAAAGCUCAAUCACUUUUGCAAUGAAACUUAAGUAUUCGAUUAUCCAGUAAACUCAUCCGCUUGUCUGUCGACACGGGCCCCAUUCCAUGUUCAG